UGCAAUGUGUCUGAUCUCUCUCACUGAUGCCACCGGCGUCCAGCGCGUUGCUGUUGCCGAUAAUUUCGACCGCCCUCGCCCUCAUCCUGGCUGCUUCGGUCUCUGGAUGAUCUUGGAGGAAGCAAAUCCUAGGCUGCAUACCGGAUCUUGGAGGAAGGAUCUGAUACGGCCCCUCUAUCCAGAUCCCGAUGGCGAAGCCGGCUGCCGGGUGGAUCCCUCUCUUCAAGAAGCGCUUCGUCCUCUUCGUCGUCGUCAUCCUCUCCGUUUCCACCGUGUUCGUCUGCUUCAUCCGAGGCGCCUCCGCCCCCUGCGACCCGCCCCGGAAUGGACUGGCGGCCGCUGUGGAUCGGGCAAAGCUCCCGCGGCACUCUGAUGUCGACGUCGGUGCUCGCAAGAACCCCCUCGGCUUCAUGAGGACCAAGCUUGUGCUGCUUGUCUCCCACGAGCUCUCUCUUUCCGGUGGACCAUUACUGUUAAUGGAGCUAGCAUUUCUAUUAAGAAUUGUGGGUUCCAGGGUGGUAUGGAUCACUUACCCAAAAUCAGAGGAAACAAAUGAAGUGACAUAUAGUUUGGAGCAUAAGAUGUUAAACCGUGGAGUACAGGUCAUCUCUGCAAAAGGUCAAGAGGUCAUUGAUACUGCUCUAAAAGCUGAUCUGGUUAUUUUGAACACUGCUGUUGCUGGAAAGUGGCUUGAUGCUGUUCUCAAGGAACGAGUUCCUCAAGUUCUGCCAAAAAUCUUGUGGUGGAUUCAUGAGAUGCGAGGGCAUUACUUCAAAUUAGAAUAUGUCAAGCAUCUUCCUUUUGUUGCAGGAGCCAUGAUCGACUCUCAUACGACAGCUGAGUAUUGGAAAAAUAGGACUCGUGACCGACUAAAAAUCCAGAUGCCAGAAACAUAUGUUGUUCACCUUGGGAAUAGUAAAGAGUUGAUGGAGGUUGCUGAAGAUAGUGUUGCAAGAAGAGUUCUUCGUGAGCAUAUACGGGAAUCCCUUGGUGUGCGGAGUGGCGAUCUUCUCUUUGCCAUUAUAAACAGUGUUUCACGUGGGAAAGGGCAAGAUCUAUUUCUUCACUCAUUUCAUGAAAGUCUUAAACUGAUCCAAGAGCAGAAGUUGCAAGUGCCGUCAAUGCAUGCAGUUAUAGUUGGAAGCGAUAUGAAUGCUCAGACAAAGUUUGAAACAGAACUACGUGAUUUUGUUUUGAAAAGAGGUAUCCAGGAUCGUGUUCAUUUUGUCAAUAAGACACUGGCAGUUGCUCCAUACUUGGCUGCAAUUGAUGUGCUUGUCCAAAAUUCCCAGGCCCGUGGAGAGUGCUUUGGGAGGAUAACAAUUGAAGCUAUGUCAUUUAAGUUGCCAGUGUUGGGGACUUCUGCUGGUGGCACCACGGAAAUUGUUGUGAAUGGAUCUACGGGCUUACUGCAUCCUGUUGGUAAGGAGGGUGUCAUCCUGCUUGCAAAGAACAUGGUAAAACUUGCUACCCACGUCGAGCGAAGGUUGACGAUGGGAAAAAAGGGUUAUGAGAGAGUGAAAGAGAGGUUCAUGGAGCAUCACAUGGCAGAGAGGAUUGCGUUGGUUUUAAAGGAAGUGCUAAAUAAAUCAGCGGCCCACUCUCAUUCGUGAGAGGUCUCGUAUGUAGAUUAAAUGGAGAUUUUCAAGAUCCUGCCCUGCCAAAUUUUGAUAUGUUUUCUUCUUUUUUCUUUUCUUUUGUAUUUGUUUUUUUUUUUUUUGUCUAUGCUAGUGUACUUCCACACUUGAAUGAAGUGAUUGUUCAUGGCCGUUCUCUUUGCGGUUAUGUAAUUUGAUGGUUUGAUGGUUAGAUUGUUGAA